CCCCCCCCUCUCUCUCUCCAAAAAACCUCUUCGCAUCGCACGCAUUUCCCUUCUCGCAAGAUCGUAAGGCGGCUAAGAAAUUUCGCUUUUCAUCGCCGCGUUCCGAUUCGCGUUCGAUUUCGGGCCCUGAUAGAGCUUCCGAAUUUUAAUUGUUGCUAUUUUUGGCGGAGGAUGUUUUCGCGUUAGGGUUUUCGGAUGCAGAUCUAGGGUUUCGCGGAGGUCGAAACGGUGCGUUUUGAGGUUCGUGGUUGGGGAAUUGAUGGUAGUCGUUGGGUUUGAAGGUGGGAUCGAGGUGUGGAGAGGAAAAGGAGGACUCGGCACAUGUGGAAAUCCCCCACGCGUGCCCACUCUAGUGUAACCGUUGAUUUUUCUUCUUCUUCUUCUUCUUCUUCUUCUUCUUCUUCUUCUUCGUUGAAGUCUUCAGUUGAUUGGUUUUAUAAGGAUGGUCGCAAAAUUAUUGCUGGUGACUGUGCUCUCUUCAAACCACCUAAAGACCGCCCACCUUUCAUUGGAAUAAGUCAUCGUGUGACAGUUGGUAAAGAGAAUAAGUGGAAGUGAAGUGUUAAUUGGCUUUAACGACCCAUUGAAGUAAGACUUGUCAAGGAUUUGCUGUUGGAGAGUGCUCCAAACAAAAUUUUCUACUCUUUUCACUAGGAGGAGAUUCCUGCUACGUCACUGCUUCAUCCUUGUAAAGUUGUGUUUCUUCCAAAAGGUGUCGAGCUUCAAUCAGGGAUUUCUUCAUUUAUAUGCAGGAGGGUUUAUGAUGUUCUGAACAGGUGUUUAUGUUGGCUAAGUGAUCAAGAUUAUAUUGAUGAUUGUCAAGAAGAAGUAGAUAAGCUAGUACAUAGGACUUGUGUAGAAAUGCAGCCAGGCGGUCGAUCUCCUAAGCCAGUGAGCAGUCCAACAUCAACAUCACAGUUAAAAUCUGGUUCAGAUAGUGUCCAAAACAGUGUUUCUUCCUUUUCUUCUCAUGUUAAGGGUAGGAAAAGGGAGAGGGUAGAUCAAGGGCAAGAAUCUGUAAAGCGAGACCGUUCAACCAAAAAUGAUGAUGGGGAUUCUGGUAAUUUUAAGGCGGAUAGCAUUUUGAAGACAGAGAUUGCCAAAGUAACAGAAAAGGGGGGUCUUAUUGAUCCUGAAGGGGUUGAGAAAUUAGUGCAGCUGAUGGUUCCUGAUGGAAAUGAGAAAAAGAUUGAUUUAGCUAGCCGGUCAAUGCUUGCAGCUGUAAUUGCAGCAACCGAGAAAUUUGAUUGCCUUAGUCGGUUUGUGCAACUAAAGGGUUUGCCUGUAUUUGAUGAAUGGCUCCAAGAGGCACAUAAAGGGAAGCUUGGUGAGGGUAUUGGGUCUAGGGAUGGUGAUAAAUCUGUUGAUGACUUUCUUUUUGUAUUACUCCGAGCACUAGAUAAGCUUCCAGUAAACCUUCAGGCUCUACAAGCUUGUAACAUUGGUAAAUCUGUGAAUCAUUUGCGAACUCAUAAAAACUUGGAAAUUCAGAAGAAAGCCAGGGGUUUAGUUGACACAUGGAAAAAACGUGUUGAAGCUGAAAUGAUUAUAAAUGAUGCUAGGUCUUGUUCAGUUCAGACUGUCCCCUGGCCAGCCAGACAACGACUUUCUGAAGUUGCUCAAGGUGGGAAUAAACAUUCAAGUGGGUCAGCUGAUGUUGCCAUGAAGAGCUCAGUUACACAGCUUUCUGCAUCCAAAACUGCCUCUCCGAAGAUUGCCCCAGGAGAGAAUACUACAAGAUCUACAUCUGCAUCUCCAGGGUCUACGAAAUCAGUGCCUUCACCUGCACCCGCAACCGCAAACUUGAAAGAUGGACAGCCCCAUGCUGCAGCUGUUAGUGGUUCAUCUGAUCUUCCUGUGGCAAAUGCAAGGGAUGAGAAAAGUAGCAGUUCUAGUCCAUCUCAUAACAGUCAAUCUUAUUCAAGUGACCAUGCCAAAGCUGGGGGUUUCUCAGGAAAGGAGGAUGCCAGGAGCUCUACUGCAAUGAGUGUGAAUAAGGUAUCAGGAGGCUCUUCACGGCACCGAAGAUCUAUGAAUGGAUUUCCGGGUUCAACUCCAUCUAGAAGGCAAAGGGAAACUGGAUCGAGCAGAAAUUCCUCACACAAGAAUUUAAUUUCAGAGAAAAUAUCUCAAUCUGGAUUAAGGGAAAAAGCAAAUGAUGGAACUCUUCUUGAGGGGCAUACUCCGAAGCUGAUUGUUAAGAUCCCAAACCGAGGUCGAAGUCCUGCACAAAGUGCCACGGCAGGUUCUUCUGAUGAUCCUUCAAUCAUGAACAGUCGAGCUUCAUCUCCUGCUCUUUCAGAGAAGCAUGAUCAGUUUGAUCGCUGCUCAAAGGAAAAGAGUGAUUUUUAUCGAGCUAAUAUUGGUGCAGACAUUAAUACAGAAUCGUGGCAGAGUAACGAUUUCAAAGAUGUAUUGACUGGUUCUGAUGAGGGUGAUGGAUCACCAGCAGCCAUUACUGAUGAACAGUGUAGGACUGGUGAGGAUUGUAAGAAAGUAUCAGAUGUAUCUAAGACAACUUCUUCAUCACCUGGGAGUGAGAGUAAAGCCAGGAAUUUGCAGGAUGCUUCAUACAGCUCCAUCAAUGCUCUUAUUGAAGGUGUUAAGUACACUGAAGCUGAUGAUGUUGGAAUGAAUCUUCUUGCUCGUGUGGCUGCUGGAGAGAUCUCAAAAUCUGAAUCGGGAAUGCCAGCUGGAUCCCCUAAAAAAAACACCACUACAAUUGAACAGUCAUAUGCAGGUAAUGCUGCAGUAGUCAAGUCCUCUGAAGAGUAUCUUGUUCAGGAUAAGUGCUACUCUAAUGCUGAACAUAUGAAGCAGGAUUCUAGAUCUGGUGAUUUUGGGACAGAUGAUGAUAUUCGGGCAUUUGAAGGGAAAGCUACAGGAGAACACAAUCCAUCUAGUAUGGAUUUACAGGUUACUGAAACUAGUUUAGAAAGCAAAGGAAAAUUAAUUGUAAAAUCAUCUGGUACAUCUGCUGGCAUUCCUGAAAGCACCUUCCAAGAAGUCAGAGAUAUUGACUCUAGCAAACUGGUAAAGGAAAAGAAGGUUGUUGUGAGAGUGGAUGCUGUCAAUAAUGUUGAUGAGGUCAAUGUUGUUGCAAGAGAAGGUGAAACAGAGGCAAUUGAAAAAUUGUCACACACCUGUGAAGAAGUUGAUGUCAAGUGUGAUAACCAUGCUUCUGAAGGACUAAGCUGUGACAAAGAGACAGCUGGCAAGUCUCCUGCCACUUGUGUGCCCUCUGACUCUGUAAAAGCGACAGAUGAGAAUGCGCUCCAAUCAUCUGGUUACAUUGUUGAUAAGGUUCCUGAAUACCUAAAUGAAAGGGAAUCUGAAAAAAAUGAUGAUAUGGCUGCUCAGGAUCAUGCUAAGCAGUCUUUGAAGCAAAAAAAUGAGUCUGAAAAUGAUGCUAUUAUGGUGCCCGAGAACAGAGGUUUAUGUUCAGGUGCAACUGGUCUUGAUGCUGAAUAUGUGGAAGAGAAUUCAGGUACAAAAGAGGUUUGUGACCAAGAUGCAGGAGCAGGACAGAUACUGCACACAGAUUUACCUAGCUUUCCUUCACGAGAAAUGGAUCAGCAUUCAGGUCAAAGGGAUUCAAAAUUGGCUGCCAUGGAAUCAGAGGAAGCAGAGGAAUGCACCUCUACCACUGGAGAUGCCUCUUCUGCAUCUGUUGCUGGUGUCUCAGAAGUGGACACAAAAGUUGAAUUUGAUUUAAAUGAAAGGCUCAAUGCAGAUGACGGGAAAUGUAGUGAGAUACCUGGGUCUACACCUGCUGCAAGAUUGGUCAGUCCUGUUCCAUUUUCUGCUUCAUCCAUGUCUUUUGGUAUUCUCUCGAUCACAGUGGCUGCUGCUGCUGCAGCAAAGGGCCCCUUUGUGCCACAUGAAGAUUUAUUGAAAAGUAAAAAGGAGCUUGGUUGGAAGGGAUCCGCUGCUACUAGUGCAUUUCGGCCGGCUGAGCCCAGGAAAGUUAUGGAAAUUCCUCUUGAUAUGUCUACUACCCCUAUUCCUAAUGAUGAAGCUAGAAAGCAGAGUCGGGUACCAUUGGAUUUUGACUUGAAUGUUUCCGAUGAAAUAAUACUUGAUGAUCUUUCUUCUCAGAACUGUGCUCGUCAGACUGAUUGUGUAACUCGUUCAGAUGAUGGGCAUGAUCCAAAUAAAUCAAUGGCCUCACAUGUUCGUUGUUCAGGAGGACUAGGUCUUGACUUGAACCUAGUGGAUGGAGCUUCUGACGUGGGCAAUUGCACCUUAAGCAGUAGUCAUAAAAUGGAUGUACCACUUACGCAGUUUAAAUCAGCCGCCAGUGGUCCUCCAAAUGGAAAGAUGAGUGUCCUUAGGGAUUUUGAUCUGAAUGAUGGACCUAUAGUUGAUGAAGUCACCACUGAACAUUUGAUGUCCACACGAUCUGCCAGGAAUAGUGUACCAUCUCAACCUCCUAUUUCUGGACUUAGGAUGAGUAAUGCAGAAGUAGGCAACGUCUCUUCAUGGUUUCCUUCCACUGGGAACACCUAUUCAGCCGUAACAAUAUCUUCAAUUAUGUCUGAUAGAGGUGAUAAGCCAUUUUCAAUUGUUGCCCCUAAUGUGUCAGAAAGGGUGUUGGGUCCUGCAACUGGCAGCAACCCAUUUGGACCUGAUAUUUAUAGGGGGGCAGUUUUGUCAUCUUCUCCCGCAGUGCCAUAUCAAUCUGCACCAUUUCAGUAUCCUGUCUUCCCUUUCAAUUCCAGCUUUCCUCUUCCAUCAGCAUCAUUUUCUGGUGGAUCAACUCCUUAUGUAGAUACAACUUCAGGAGGGAGGCUUUGCUUCCCUGUAGUAAAUUCACAGCUUAUAGGUUCUGUUGGUAAUGUUUCAGCCCAUUACCCCAGGCCUUACGUUGUUAGUUUCCCAGAUGGUAGCAAUAGUAGUGGUGCUGAGAACAGUAGGAAAAGGGCAAGGCAGGGUUUAGAUCUUAAUGCUGGACCUGGUUCAGACUUAGAGGGGAGAGAUGAGAGCUCACCUCUUGUACCACGGCAACUUUCUGUUGCUAGUUCACAGGCCCAACUUGAAGAGCAAGCAAGGAUGUUUCACUUAAGCAGUGAUGUUCUUAAAAGGAAGGAACCCGAUGGGGGGUGGGAUGGCUACAAGCAAUCAUCAUGGCAGUACCAUAAUUUGUAAUCUUAGAAUCUAAUGACCCACAGAUGCCUGUAAGUUUUUAGUUUUGUAAAUUCAACUGUUGUUUGUAACAUGUAGGUGCCCGAGAGGAGGAUAUUUCAAAAUAUAUACUGUAUUGUGCUGAUGUAAUACAGAGGAGGGGGGAGAAUUUUUUCAUAAAGCAAUUUUUUUAUUUUAUAUUUAAUGAUAUAGGAAUAAGUGCUAUUGCAGUUGCCCUGUGAGUUUUAUGUCCGUUCUCCACUGAGAGCAUUGAGAGCAUUUGAGUUUUAUAAUCCUGUAUCUUUGAGAGCAUUUAAUUCUUCUUGCCUGGUUUUUUCACUGCAUCGUUCCUUUUUAACCAAGUAUGUGGUGCUUCGCAAUUAAAUGUUCUGAUGCCAUUUAGUUUGUAUACUCGAUGUUUUAUCUUCGGGUAAUUUGAGGAGCCAGUGGUCUUCAUCUAAAUUGCGAGCUUUGGGAGACUUGGGCGUUAAGUGAGCACCUGAUUAUGUAUAUAGACUCUGAACCUGAUCUUGUUUAUCAAUGUAUCUUAGAAACCUUGCUUUGGAGAGCACCUGUUUGCUCAUUUCAGUAGUUUCUACUUUCUAGGUCAGUUUUCCACCUGUAAAUAUCUUGAGGGCUUGCCUUCAGUUAGGGCGGAUAGUGGUCUCUUGUAUCGUUUCUUUUUAGGUUGUGUUUGGUUUAGAGUGGGAAGGAAGAAAUAGGAGAGAAAUUGUGUACUUUUCACAGGGGAUCCACACUUUUUAGAUUGUACUUCAAUUCAAAAAAAUUCUUUUAUUUUCA